AUGAUCACAAUGAAAGCUCUAGUCCUGACCCCAAAAGAUAAACUUGUCACUAUACAAGACAUCCCCGUUCCUGAACCAGGCCCUUUGGAGAUAUUGGUCCGUGUCGGUGCCGUUGCCUUGAAUCGAGUUGACUGGCUAUACACUACCAACCCUGUAGCUGCGCAAGACUACCGUGUGGUAGGAAGUGAUUUCGCAGGUGAGGUUGUAAAGGUUGGCUCAGACCUUGAUAAAGUUGAUGAUCCUCGAGUUAAAGUCGGCACACGUGUUGCGAGUUUUGUGCAGGGAGCUUGCUCCGUCAACGAACGACCGGGCGCAUUUGCUCAAUAUGUCUGCAUUGAGUGGAAUUUAGCAUGGCAUGUCCCCGAUAGCAUGUCCCUUGAAGAAGCCGCAGGCAUCAGCAUGUGCGGUCUCACUGCAGCCCAGGGAGUUUUCAGUCGCCUUCAACUUCCCUGUCCGUUUGCCGAAACCGAGGGUUUUAAUCGUCUUGGCCUGAAAUCUGGCGAGCCUGUCAACGUUCUCAUCUACGGAGCGACUGCAUCUCUUGGUCUUUUUGCGGCUCAAUUGGUCCGCUUGAGCGAGAAAUAUUCGGGCUCUCGUAUAAAUCUCAUUGGAGUAGCGAGUGCCUCGAAACACGACCUACUUCGAGCAAAGCCCUAUUCUUUUGAUGUUCUGAUUGACUAUCACGAUGCCGAUUGGACUGAGCAAGCCAAGAAACUGACUGCGAACACUGGUGGAGUGCACUAUGCAGUUGAUGCUGUAUCUGUUUCCCCAACUGUCGAGGGGGUUGAAUCGGUUCUGGCUCCUGAGGGUUGCUUCGCAGUAUAUCGAAGUCCAGCACUGGGAAAAUUCGACAUCAACAAAUUACGCGUCAAGCCUUUGAUUGGCGCUGUAUGGGAGGGCCUGGGAGUUGAAAUUGGCUACCAAGGUGCGAGUAUUGCAGCGAACCCUCAAGCACGCAAAUUUGCCGCUGGGUUCUUUAAAUUCCUUGGUUCAGGAGCUCCGCAGGGCAAGGUCAAGCUGGAAAGCAACCCUGUUCGUCAGAUGCAUGGUGGUCUUGAUAAAAUUGCCGAAGAGGGCCUGCCACUUGUAUCCCCGAACAAGGUUCCUGGAGUUCGUGCAGUUAGUGCCGAGAAGGUUGUCUACACAAUCGCGUAG